AUGAAGUGGGAUUCUAGUUCACCACGUUAUCAAAAAAUUGCCCUAAUUAAGUCGUUAGUCACUAGAGCUCUUCGACUAUGUUCAAAUCAGCAAUUGUUAGAUACCGAGUUAGCAUGGCUAAAACAAGUCUUGAACGAGAAUGGAUAUCCAAAAGGUCUUAUAGCGAAAACAAUUGAACUAACUAUGAAAAAGAGCACGGUGAAGGAUAGUCAAAAAGAGUCUCCAGUGCAGACUAAAAUUGAUGCAAAUAUUUCCUUUUACUAUCUAAGAAAAGAGUCACGGAAGUUCAUCUCUACUCUCAAACGACUAUUACAGAAAUUUGGUAUACGGUAUAUUCGAAUCGGACUUAGGAAACAUAAAACGAUUGGAAGUUCAUUCUCACAGAAAUAUAAAGGCAAAGAUUGGCAAAAGGUUGGAGUAAUGUAUAGUAUUAGGUGUAAUGACUGUGAGAAAGUUUAUAUAGGACAAACCGGCAAUGAAGUAACGCUAAGAAUGGAACAACAUGAGAAGAAAAUUGCACUACAAGAUGUGGAUGCAAAACCAGCGGUUCACGCCACACAAAAUAAUCAUAAACUGAAAUUGAAAGAACCCACAGUUAUGGCUUAUGAAAGACAUGAAAUAAAACGGCAGUUAAAAGAAACACUUUUAACAAAUAUACACAGAGAACUGGCCUUCAAUGCCAUCUCUUUAAAGACUAGGGUAUUUUACUCAAUGCAGGACAAAGGAAAAAAUUGA